UUUACUGUGUGAACGUUUAUCACCAUUUUGACUGUUUUUUCAAACCCUAUUGUUGUAUUUCUUUAUUCUAUUAAAAACUAUAGUGCCUGUUUUGAAAACACAGGUUAUCAUUCCACUAAUAUAUUGUUUUUGCAUAGUCUUUUGAACAAUGUCUGUUAUUUUGCUACUGCUAAAAACUAAUAUUAUAAUUAAAAUUAUGUGCAUGCAAUGUAAAUAUACAAUAAUGUGUAAGCAGUGAGCUUAAUAAAACUAUUACAUUUUUGUGUUUGAGAUAAAUCUGAGUUUUACUUUGAGGGAACUUUUAUCUUGUGAUUUGAGAGGGGUUGAGUGAAGGGGAACUGGACUUGGUUGGAGUUGAUGGAAGAUGUUUCAGGAACUGACCAUUAUUUCCAUUAAUGCCUUUUGAGACAUUGCUUGUAACAUCACACAAACACAUUGGCCAAUGCUAUCCACACAAAAACGUGUCCAGAAAAGGUUUUAUUGUUAGUUUUCAGACAGAGUCUACUACUACUGAAUAACCUUGUUAAACAGAACAAACUGACACCGAUGGCCUAUGUCCUCACAUGCGGUAUAAACACAUUGACACUAGUAAGAGGAUAAAGGGUUUCAAUAUUUCCAGGCUGAGUCACCAAACCAUGGCAACUGAUAGUUUGAGCUGCUCCUCAGAGGAGUUCGAGGGAAAGGAUUUUCCAAUCAAAUCAUUUAUGGGUGAAAAGUCGUAGAGAUGAGAUUUAUCUCUGUUUAGCUACAGAAGCCGUCUGUACAUCCAGCCAAUAUUCAUAUUAGAUACGUUUAGAUUUUUUAACAAAAACCUUUAAGCUCUAUCGUGAUGAAUUCAGCUGCUUCCUCAUUCAGACAUGUUGAUAUCAAACUGAGUAAUUCAGAUGUUCUUCAGGAAAGUGGACAUUUUGAUGAGGGAAAAAACAAAGUCACUCAAUACUUUUAGUUUUAGCCAAAGCUAACAGUGGCUUUCGGAUGUUGUUCUGUGGCACAGAGUGUUGUACGUGCAAUGAAGCGUUGGUAAAGCCAACAGAAGUCAGACAGUCAGAGAGCAACAGCCACACAGUCCGGGUUCUGCGACUGUGGUUUACUAGUUUUUUAAGUUGCUUUCGCCUUCACAGAAAGUAUAGCUCCUGUUCCCUGCGUCCACCCACUCACACUCAUCUCUGGUUUUGUCCUCACACAGGCCCCAGUCAAGGAAAGUUGAACGGGACCCUGGGCAGCAGCGUCACCUUCCGUUUUGAAUUUAAUGACGCUGUCAUUAAUGAGCGCAGUCAUUUAGCAGUUUACAAAAAAGACCAUAAAAAGAUUGCAGAGCACCUAGGGCACAAAGGCAACUUAGGAGGGGGUGUUUUUGUCUUUAACCAAAACCAUUCUGUUUGGUACCACAUAAAAAAACUGAAACAGAAUGACAGUGGAUUUUAUUGGGCCUCGUUGUUCGUUGACUCGAGAACCAGAAACAGUAAGGAGGUGCAGCUGUGCGUCCAAGAUGGGAACAGAAGCGUCGAAGUUUCUCCUCAGCCGAUUAACAUAACAAACGCAGGAAGUCCCGGUCCCUUGUCCCUUCACCUCAUCCCCGUCCUUCUGGCUCCUGUCGUGCUGCUGGCUGCAGCACUUCCACUGCUGAUCUGGUUUGUGGUGAGAACCAAAGAGAAACAACAACAACCACAACAAAACUCUAAUUCCACAGUGCAGGAAACAGUUGCUGGGUCCAGCACCGGGCCUCCGCCCUCACUAAUCUACAGCGUCCUGGACUUUGCCAAAAGACCUCCGGCAGCUUUGGACACGAAGCCCAAUGAUACAGAGUACGCCGCUGUCAGCUAUCUCACCGAGAAGAGACGAAUGUGACGCACAGAUGAAUGUAAACCCGCUGGUGUCUCUUAGUCUGAGUAUCAGGCUCGUCUGAUGACUCUUUGUAAGCCAAAAGCUGUUAUCGCAAUAAAUUACAAAACAAUGGCGCUUUGUCUGGGAAGGUGGGAAGAGUUUGUUUUGUUCCAUUUUAUUUAAGCCAAAUUUCAUUUUUUUUUUUUUAGUCAAGUUGAGCUUGUGAACUUCUCCAAAUUGUGUCAUUUGCCUAAUUCUCCACAAUCCUCCUUCCUGGUUUGGCGGCCUGUUAAAGCUGCAAAGUGAUUUCCCAUCACUCCCUUCGCUUGUCCACCCCCCCGCUGCUGCUGCUGUGUCACCUAUCGCUGCCAGUUGAUUCAGCCCCUCCCCCCAACCCCCCCCAGCAGCUCAACAAGGGGGGGUUAUAAAUAUUUGCUCGUCAGUCCCAUUAUGUCUGUGUAAUCAUAUCUGGGGGAGUGAUGAAGUUGAAGCCUGGACGCUAAACACUAACUAUGUUCUACUGCAAUAAACAUUUCAAGCGUGA